GAGGCAGAGAGCCACUGGUGGAAAGUAGCGAGAGGGCAGAGCGAGCGCUGCUGCUCCCAUCGCCAUUGUCGUUGUUUCUCACAGUGUAGUUCGCGUUUUAACGCUGUUUAUCGAGUAUUAUGAGUGUUUUACAGGAGCUGGGAGCUUACUGACCUUGAAAAGUUUGAGUCCUGCUUCUUUCUCGGGUUGUUUUUAGGCGGGAAUCGGCGGUUUCGCUGUGGAAAUGGAUGUUAGCUAACCGGCUAGCUCACGAGACGCCUUAGUUACCCAGAAACCGAGCAGCGGCAAGUUGGCUGAACCGGGCUGAGGAGUCGCUUUACUGCCUGUUUUCUACUCGAGUUGAGUUAAUGAGUGGAUAAAGUGAGUUUUUUAUGCUUUUAUCCUGGGCUUUCUCGCUUUAUCUUUGUAUCCCCGCGGUUCUGUGGAUCGUAAACUUUGAGAAAGAGCCGUGUUAGCCUGUUAGCUUCGCGGUCUCCGCCUCGGCGAAGCGGGAAGGAGCGGCUCCUGCUCGGCUCUCUCUCUCUGCGGCCACAAUGUCCAACUCCCAGAACCAGCCGGUGUUCCCCAACCAGCAACAACAGCAGCAGCAACAACAGCAGCAGAACCCGGCCCAGUUCCUACAGUUUCACGGACAGAAACCUUCGCUCCAGAUAAAGAAAAAUGCCAUAACGGACGACUACAAGGUCACCAGCCAGGUUCUGGGCUUGGGGAUCAACGGGAAGGUUUUGGAGGUGUUUCACAAGAAGACCCAAGCCAAGUAUGCUCUAAAGAUGUUGCAAGACUGUCCGAAAGCCAAACGAGAGGUAGAACUCCACUGGCGAGCGUCCCCCUGUUCUCACAUCGUCCGCAUCAUUGAUGUAUACGAGAAUCUUUACCAAGGACGCAAGUGCUUACUCAUCGUCAUGGAGUGUAUGGAAGGAGGGGAGUUGUUCAGUCGGAUUCAGGACCGAGGGGACCAGGCAUUCACUGAAAGAGAGGCCUCAGAUAUUAUGAAGAGCAUAGGGGAAGCCAUCCAGUUUCUUCACGGCAUUAACAUCGCACACAGAGACGUCAAGCCAGAGAACCUCUUGUUUAGCACAAAAAGGCCGAAUGCUCUUCUCAAACUGACAGACUUUGGAUUUGCCAAGGAAACAACCACACAUAAUUCGCUGGCCACGCCAUGCUACACUCCCUAUUAUGUCGCCCCUGAGGUUCUCGGUCCAGAAAAGUAUGACAAGUCCUGUGACAUGUGGUCUUUGGGUGUCAUCAUGUAUAUUCUGCUUUGUGGGUACCCACCUUUCUAUUCUAACCAUGGGUUGGCUAUAUCACCUGGGAUGAAGAGGAGAAUUCGCAUGGGACAGUAUGAGUUUCCCAAUCCUGAAUGGUCUGAAGUCUCAGAAGAAGCCAAGCAGCUUAUCAGGACGUUGCUGAAGACAGAGCCCACGCAGAGGAUGACUAUCACAGAGUUCAUGAACCAUCCCUGGAUCAAUCAGUCGAUGGAAGUGCCACAGACCCCUCUUCACACAAGUCGUGUGCUGAAAGAGGAGAAAGAUACCUGGGAGGAUGUCAAGGAGGAAAUGACUAGUGCCUUGGCCACAAUGAGAGUGGACUACGAGAUGAUCAAAAUCAAGACCAUUGAGGACUCCUCUAAUCCGUUACUGAUGAAGAGGAGGAAGAAAGCAAACUUGGCUGCUGAAAAUGAGACACCUGCCUGCUGAGGACAGUGUUUGCCCACCUUCUUUUCAUACAUACUUCAUACAGAUUAUAUAUAUAUAUAUAUACAUGUACACACACACUCUCAAGUGCACACAUCCAAAAAGAAGUACAUGGAUACAAACAUUCAAAAGGUUGUAAUAAAGGAAGCAAUAAUUAAUGAAAAUGGGAAAGUGGUAUGAAUGGAAUUUUCUUAAAAAAAAAAGCAAAGUUUGUCUGAUUCUAAUCUUUUAUCUAUUUUACUACUUUUUUUUUUUUUUUUUUAAAGAAGCCUUUGUUUUUAUUACUCAGACUUUGUAACUAAUCAACCACUCUGCACGACCCUGCACCACCUCCCCACCACGCCUAUGAGCAGGGGUUAUGAAAUUUGGAGAAAGCGAAGAGAUUAUGAAUACGACGGAAAGCCAAUGUCUGUAAAAUGCUCGUUUGUGCAUUUUUGUGAUGUCAAUUACUUUUCUUUCUCACAUGGUAUUUGGUAUUUUGGGUUAUCUAAUGGACAUUUUUUUUUUUUUAUCCUUUUUUUUUUUUUUUUUUUAAGCAAAGCCAUUGGUCAUGUGCACGUUGUCACUGCAAUUUAAUGUCCUACUACGCUCUUUUAUUUUUAUUUUUAGUUUUUUGUCAUGGGAUGAACUUGCAAACAAACUAAUUGCACUGUAUUGAUAGGGAUUUCCCAGCUUUCAUAGGUAUUAAGUGUUUCUUGUCAGAAAAGCGAGAAACUUGAAUAUUGAGCCUUAUGCAAGUUUUUUUUUUUCUUCUCAAGAAGUGCGUCCCCCACCUCCCCCACCAUUUCUCAGAAACACCCCUGCACUGUGUGUGUGUUGUCUAAAUGGCUAGUUCCAAACACCUUAAUGUUAUCAUCACCACCACCACCACCGUGCAGAUAGAGCAUGAGACGGAUUUCUGAAAUGACUGGUCGAAUGUAGACGAACAUUACUGUGUUACCUUACUGUGAAGCCUUUCGAGAACAUCUGUCUUACGCUGUCUCUCAGAGCUUCAGAUUUCGUUAUUAGUGGGCUGUGCAUUGCUGAGGGUUUGACUGGCGUAGGCACUCCCAGUAGAGUUUCCCAGUCAAUCACUUCCAGACCUUUUUUUAAAAAACACGUAUGUUCAUCGCCUAUUUCACAGUUGAUUUUAUGCUUCUACUUUCUGCUUUACGCACCAAACACCUUGUUUGGUUGUACCUUACUUUCAUUCGCCUUGAAAUGAAACCUUGCUAUGCAUAUCUUUUUCUCAGCCUCACCUUUCUCCCCAAAGGUAUUUUAAAAAAAUGUUUCAGUCAGUGUUUAUUUUGAAAUGUCUGAAUUGAUUGUACAUGAACUGCUGAUUUUAAUGUUUUAUGGCCCUCUUUAGUGAAUCGCAAAGCCAUUUUAGAAGAACCCAAGUUCUCAGGCCUCUCGAGGCCUCCAAGCCCCCAAGGGAAUACCACGCUGUUUCUGGACUUGGUUAACAUCAGGCAGCAUUAACCUAGUUCUCUUUCAUUUUUCUAAAUGUGGCGCAGAGGUUUUUAAAAGAAAUAGAUAGAGAGAGAAAAAGAGAGAGGGCCCCACACACCACGCAGCAUGUCGUCUACUGGCUGGUUGGAUGGUAGGAAGCAUCUCGUUUUAUGAAAGGUGUAUGAGAUAUCUUCCAGCUGACAAGGAUUGCUGUUGUCUGUAGCACUGAUGAGUGUGUGGCGGUGUCUCAUUUAUGUAUCAUAUAAAAUUUUUGAACACACUUCACUGUGUUAAAACGUCCAGAGUGGAAGCAGUGGACUCCUAACCCUAGAUUUCCCAAAGGAUUUAUGUAGUACAUUUUUUUUGUUUGUUUCUUGUAUGUAAAUUGAAAAAGAAAUGUUCUUUGGUAUUCACAUGUUCAUUUAUAAGCCGUUUGAUUUUUCUUUUUUGUCAACACAAAUAUUGCUUUUUUUCUCUAUUGUCCUAGCACAGAUUUGACAAAAAAGGUGUAGCGAUUGUUGCCUAAGCCCCAGGUUAACUUGCAGGGGUCUCACAGAUGUAUUUCCUGUUCUAGUUCAGCUGCUGUAUCUAAGUCUUGGUCUGCUUCAACUUUGGAUUAAAACACAUGAAAAUGA